AAUCAAAUAAUACCAGGAACUGUUGCGCUGUUCAACAUGGACCAGUCUCCGUUGGAAAAAUCUUCGGAGGAUAUGAAUCCAGACAAACCACCGGAGCAGGGUGACGAACCAUCUGAACCUUGUGAUCCUAAUGUACCAGAAGAAGAUUCUGAAGAAGCGAUGCAAAUUAGAAAGAAUCGAAUUAUGAAUAUUAUUAAAAACUGGAAAGGUGGUCCAAUCGUAAUUGAAGACGUAACUGAAGAACCAAAGUCUCGCAAAAAUAUAUUGGUGGCCUUUGAAGCGUUGGUUUAUUUGGACUGUGAAGAUUAUGUUAGGUUGCAACCUGACGAAAACUCAGUUCUAAAUAUUAUUGAAAAAGGUGUCAAUUUUGAUAGAUAUGCAUUCUAAUAAUCUUCUAAUGACUAGCACCUAAAUAAAUGUAAUAACCAAUUAUGAAUUAAUAAAAAUUUCAAAAACAAA